ACACGAAUAUCGAAGGCCUCGGACAGGAGUGUGAGACCAUCGACCAGAAAACCGGGAAAUGGUCAUCGACAAAGAAAAAGCGCAAAUCGAUCCAGCAGACACACAACGAAAGGGACGAGAGGGGCAGUGGCCGGGAUGUGAUCAUACCAGGCCGAUAUAGUACAACGAAUGCCUAUAUGUUCUGUUAUAGGCGACGCGAUACGUAUAACAUGACGGUUGCGCCUGAGGUGUGUUUUUGA